AACCGUGUGUUAUGUGUAAGUCAGCCAUAGCCGUAAUAUAUGUAUAUAUGAUUAUAAGUCAAUUUUGUGUCCUUAUAAGGUAAGAUAACGCAUGAUGGUAUUUUGCUCGACUAGUCCCAACCUAGCUUAACACGACGUUUAGUCACCGACGCCUGUUCUUUUACGAAAUUGCACUAUAUUAGAAUCUGGUUUCCCCCAAUUUAGUUUAAAUGUGGUAUAUAUUAUAUGUUUAGCAUUUUAGUAAGUAUUAACACGAUAUUUAGGCAUUUUUACUGUCAGAUAUAUGUGUUCAUCCGCCGCCAUUAUGAGCACAGCUUCAGUCAGGUAAUGGCUGCGCCUCGAAUGGGAAAACUGUCGAGUCAUUUUGUGCCCAACUAAACCCGUUCCAUACGCUACAAUAACCAACAAACAAACAUGUUAUGUCUCAAAACACGACGUGCGUUCGAAAAUGCCCGAAUGUUUCGGGUGCUCGGUAGGUUUUUUUCCGCUCGGUCAGACCCAAAAGGGGCGAGCCGAGCAAGCCCCAGAAUGGCGGAAGCGACGCCCGGCGCCCCGUUAGCAUUGAGGCGGACUCGGGUUGGUGCAGGCUGUAGUUAGUCAUGUCUCCCACUUGUCGCCUCGACCGAGAGAGAAAGCAAAGCGGAUCCAUUCCGUGAUCAGCUGGUCGCCUGCAGCUGCCCCGUCCUCCCUCCUUUCCUUUCCUUUCCUUCCACACAGUCCAUCCCAGCAUCCGAUCCGUCUUUCAGAUCCGCCAUUCCGCAGCCGCCGCGAGACGAGAAACAAAAUGGGCGCAUGCAAAAAAAAAAAAAAAAAAAAAAAAAAUGCCUCCGCGCGCGCGUUGUCUUCUCAAAGUCUUGGAGCUGGAGAACAAAAUGGAAGAUGGACGCUUUUUGUAGCUCUGUUUCUUGUCGUGAGGGGAGUUAUUUGAGAUUUGAAGCAGUCACAGGAAUGAUGUGUGUGUCUCCCGAUGCAGCGUAAACGAGGUAAUAUUCAAAAAUGAAUGGAGACAUGGAUUCUACAAGUAAAGAGCAAGCAGUUUGGGCCCAGGAUGAUUUGCUAAAGCUUCUGGAUGCCAUGAAAGUAAACCUGCCAGAGAAGGACCUGACCAAGUACAAGACAACCGAAACCCAUCUGAACUGGGAGAAGGUUGCCUUUAACACGUACUCUGGUGAGAUGUGCAAACAAAAAUGGCUUGAGGUCUCAAGAGAGAUCCGUAAGUUCCGCACGCUGUCCGAGCUCAUAGUGGAUGCACAAGACUACAUCAAGAAUCCUUACAAAGGCAAAAAACUGAAGAAACAUCCGGACUUUCCCAAGAAGCCUCUGACACCAUACUUCCGUUUCUUCAUGGAAAAGAGAGCAAAGUAUGCAAAGCUUCACCCAGAGAUGAGCAACCUGGACCUUACAAAGAUCCUCUCAAAGAAAUACAGAGAACUGCCCGAACGUAAAAAGGAAAAAUAUGUGAAUGAUUUUCUCAGAGAAAAAGAAUCUUUUGAGGUUAACAUGAUGAAGUUCAAGGAGAACCAUCCAGACCUGUUAGAGAAUACUGGUAAGAAAGGCUCCAUCGUGCCACAGAAACCACUGACCCCACAGCAGCUGUGGUACAACCACGAGAAGAAGGCCUUCCUUAAAAUUCACCCCAGCGGGACCAGUAAAGACAUCAAGGAAAGUCUGGGGAGGAAGUGGACACAGCUGCCAGACAAAAAGAGACUAAAGUGGAUCAGCAAAUCUCUGGAGCAACAUAAACAGUACGAGGAGACGAUGCGGGAGUUUAUCCAGCAGCACCCGCAGCUAAACCUGACCGAAGACAACAUCGUCAAGAACACUUUGACCAAGGCCGAAAGACAGCUCAAAGACAAGUUCGAUGGUCGGCCAGGCAAACCACCAUCGAACGGUUACUCAAUGUUCUGCGCCGAGCUGAUGUCUGGUAUGAAAGACGUUCCCAGCACUGAGCGCAUGGUCAUGUGCAGCCAGCGUUGGAAACUCCUCAAACAGAAUGAAAAAGAUGCUUAUCAGAAACGCUGUGAACAGAAAAAGAAAGAAUUUGAAGUGGAGAUGACCCGUUAUCUGUGUAGCAUCUCAGAGGAGGAGCAGCAGAGAAUCUUGGCAGAGCAGAAGAUGGCUGGUUUUAAAAGGGGCAGCGGAAACGCUGUUAAAAAGAACGUAAAAGCAAAGACUAGUCCAUUGAAGCCCAAGAGGCCAAUCUCAGCCAUGUUCAUCUUUUCUGAGGAGAAGAGGCCGAAGCUUCAGCAAGAGAGGCCUGACUUGUCUGACAACGAGCUCACUAGACUCCUGGCCCGCAUGUGGAAUGACCUUACUGAUAAGAAGAAGGAAAAAUACAAGAAUCUGGAGGCUGUGCUGAAAGCAGAGUCAGAGAAACGAAGCAAAGAAGAGCAAACCAAGCUGCCAGACCCACCCAAGACUGCACAGGAAAUUUGGCAACACAGUGUUAUUGGGGAUUACUUGGCCAGAUUUAAGAAUGACCGACCAAAGGCACAGAAAGCCAUGGAAGCCACCUGGAACACAAUGGAGAAGAAGGAGAAGAUUGUGUGGAUCAAAAAGGCUGCAGAGGACCAGAAAAGAUACGAGAGAGAUCUGAGUGAGAUGCGAUCCCCUGCUACAUUGCUUGCCUCAGGGAAGAAGAUGAAGUUUGAAGGGGAGCCCAAAAAACCACCCUCGAACGGCUAUCAGAAAUUCUCCCAGGAAAUGCUAUCGGGUGGGGAGCUAAACCAUCUACCCAUGAAGGAGCGCAUGACCGAGAUUGGUGGCCGCUGGCAGAGGCUCCCGCAGAAAGAAAAAGAUCGCUACAAGAAGAUCGCAGAGGAGAAACAAAAGCAGUACAAAGUGCUGCACGAACAGUGGCUAGCGAGCUUAUCAUCUCAAGACAGAGCAACAUAUAAGGAAUACAAUUCUUUGAAAAGGAAGAACCCCGGUAGAGCAGGCGGUAGCAGCGCGAAACAAAAAGCCAAGGCCAAGACCUCAGACGAGGAAGAAGAUGACGAAGAAGAAGAUGACGACGACGAUGACGAGGCUGAGAAGGAGUCUGAGGAGGAAUCAUCCAGCGGGGAGGAAAGUGAAGAAGCAGAUGAGGACGACGAUGAUAACGAAGACGAGGACGACGAAGAAGCGGAGGAUAAGGAGAACAAAUCCGAGAGCAGCAGCAGCGCGUCCAGCUCAGAGGAUUCAUCGGACUCCGAAUCCGAGUGAGAGGCAGUCGGAGCAGAGCGAGCCCACAGACUGCCACAGUCCCUGUGAACUGAGCCAUAAGGCCAAGCCUUGGGCCUGCACUGCACUCCUCCAGCCACCAGGGGACGCUCUCUGUCCUUAUGGUGCCACCACAUUCACUCACCUCUGCACGCAUUCUCCUCCGCAUUACGUCACACCCCCUCUGCCUUAAUAAACUUGCUCGUCAAGUUUGUUGAGGACUAAGGAUCCUUUAUUUUCCCCCAAAUCUGUAACCCAAUCAGACCGAUUAAGGCUUCUUUCCGCAGUCCGUACUCUUUGGGUAUCGGGGGUAAUGCUCGACCAUCGCUUUCACUGUCUACAGGUGUCGUUGGAAGGACAUAGAUGGGAUGGGCCCAUUUUCAGGCUUUUUCUUAGAUUAGCGAUGGACCCGUAAGACAAAGAAAUUAACGACUAGAUGAGUUUCUUGAGGAGGUAAAGGGGACCAAAUAAUCGUAAUCCAUCCUCUAUCCUCCUCUUCAUUCUGAUUAUCGGCUUCAUCACCUUUCCGUGCUGAUUUCUCUGUGCAACCUUUAACACCUUAAUGAUGUUUCUUUUUCUUUUUUUUUGCUUUCCGGUUCAUGAUGUGGUAUCUUCAGGAACAUUGCGGCAGUUUUGAAUGUCAUCGCAUGUUAAUAAGCAACCGUGACUUGUGUUUGUUCUGGGUUUAUUUUUUUUUAAUAUUUUAAUUUUUAAUUUUUUUUUUUCUUUUGUGUGCGACAGCCUGAAAUUCCUCAUUUUAAUUUGGGCUUGAUUUACAAAGUAUUUGGCUUUAAAAAAGAUGACCUGGUCUAGAUGCAAACUAGUGGAAUCUCCACAUUAUUAGUUAUGAUUUAUUGUUCUUAUCUGUUAUGUGUUCAACUUUUUUAUGUAUUUCAUAUUUAAAACCAUUUGCUUUGUUUUAAUUGUCUCUGUAAAGGUAGGCUUAUUUUAGAUGUUAUAUCUGGUAUACAAAUAAUCCUAAUAUCGGCCGCUCAGGUGGCGCAGCGGUAAAAACACACCCUGGAACCAGAGCUGGGAUCUCGAAUACAUCGUUAUCGUAUCGAGUCUCGGCUCUGCCUGCCGUCCAAGGCUGAGCGGCCACACGAACGACGAUUGGCCUGUUGUUCAGAUGGGCGGGACUAAGCCGGAUGGGGUUUCUCUCUGCUGGGCUGAUUGAUGACGCUUGCACAGAGAUGAGAAAGAGUGCUCUCGGGGUGUGUCUCUCCGUACACGACGCUGAGCUGCACUGCACUCGUCAAAAGUGUAGAUGAUAAGAUGCAUACGGCAUGCUGCCCACGUGUCGGAAGGGGCGUGAGUGGGACUAAGCCUCUCUCUGCUGGCUGAUUGAUGGCGCCUGCACGGAGAUGAGAAAAGAGUGCUCUCGGGGUGUGUCUCUCCGUACACGACGCUGAGCUGCACUGCACUCGUCAAAGUGUAGGUGAUAAGAUGCAUACGGCAUGCUGCCCACGUGUCGGAGGGGGCGUGGGUGGGAUUAAGCCUCUCCCUGCUGGCUGAUUGAUGGCGCCUGCACAGAGAUGAGAAAAGAGUGCUCUCAGGGUGUGUCUCUCCGUACACAACGCGGAGCUGCACCGCACUCGUCAAAGUGUAGGUGAUUAGAUGCAUACGGCAUGCUGCCCACGCUUCGUUCUCCUCAAUCAGAGCAGGGAUCGGCAUUGGUGGAGAGGAAGCAUGACGCCAUCGGGCAAUUGGACGCGAUAAAAAGAGGGAGAAAGGGGAGAAAAUGUUUUUAAAAAAAUAUUAGUAAUCCUUAUAUGCACUUACUAAACGGCCGAGCAGCUGGCUGUCCUGUCUGUGUUCCAAUCGCUCCAUUCCUCAAAAUCCCCCCGUGUUUGGGUCACUGACACAUUCUGAUAUACACCAGCUCAUGAAUGUAAAGGAAUGUUUUAUUUAAUAUCCUUUGUUGUGUAUGUAUAUAUAUAUGAACAGUUUUGGAUCUCUUUCUCCCUUAGUUUCCUGUGCUUAAAAAAAAAAAAGAAAAAGACGAAAAAAAAGAGAGAUUUUAAAACGCCAGUUUGUUGGAUCGUCUCAGUCUCCGCCACCACACUGGUCGCUGGUGUCCCGCCGUGUUUUGCCCCAUAGCACGUUUUAGGUUUGGCAGAGAUAUUGCAUCAGUGCCCUUUAAAGUGAACGAAAUGCAACGUCGAGUCCGUCCUGUGCAUUUGCGUGAGUGGUUAUUAAUGAUUGAGCUCGACACAGCACCUCUGCAAUCCUGUGUAGAUCCGGCAAUAGGCAUAAAAAGAUCAGUGCAGAGGGAUCCGGUUCACUGCUGUUGUAAGGUAAAUGUAAAUAGGACAUUUUCGUUUUCUAGCAAGUACACUUGGUUUCAUUUGGAUUUUUCAUUUGAUUCAACUUCCCAAGUGGUUCGUGCUGUAACCAGGGGUUUAAAUUCAUCUGCGAAUUGCUCUGAGGAGGGAUCAUUUUAAAUAUGAAUAUGUUAAAUAUGUUUUAGUUUUAUAUCCCUCUGCUGUUUGUUUAUUUGUAGAAAUGGCAAAAAAAAAAUUUGUACUGCUAAUUUGGAAAAUUUGGAUGUUUUCUAUAGUUAAAGGUGUUCUAUUCCUGGAAUAUACCAUUUGAUCAAAUAAACUUGUCUUUAGCAA